AUGAAUGAGAUCGGCUUGCCUCCGGCCCCGUUCUCCUAUUCGCCCCCACCGAUGCCUAUCGCAUGCUCAUCGAUGUUGAGGUUGCCUGAGAGCUUGACCGAUGAUGAGGAAGACGACUGGCCACCACCUCCAGAGAUCUCAGAUAUUCAGAAAGAGGAACAGGAGAGAUUAGAUAAGGAGCUUGCGGCUCGACUUCAACUUGAAGAGGAACUGAGGGAAGACCUUGAUCGCAAGUUGGCUAUCGAAGCCCAAGAUGAGGAGCUUGCCAGGCAUCUUCAAGAGAAGGAAAAAGCCAGAGCCCGAAGGUUUAGAGAACGUGCCCGAGCGAAGAAAUUGCAAGCUACAACUGCUGCUUCUGCUACGCUUACCCCUCAGCCGUCGCCUAUCAGGAUCAAUGAGAUUCCGAAUAUUGCAAUGGCAAUAGAUCCAACUUAUAGUCCCAACCAACGGCCGAGUGGAAGCAGACAGACAGCUGUGGCAGUUGGAUCAUCAGGCACAGUUGGUAGCAGCGGACCUUCAGGGCUGACCCCUAGGAAGAACGUCCUUCCUGACGCGUCGCCCCUGGCUCCGAGGAGCAUCCUGCCAAGCAGGUCUCCGAUUACUCCUAGGAGCAAGAACAUCAAAUAG